AUUUAAAACUACAUGGAAUAAUAAUUUAUAUAUUUUUUUUUCUCUGGUGAAAUUUCUCCCUUCUCUAAACAUCACCCUCCAGCACGUUCCCCGACCACCGCACGCCACCAGAUCGGAGAAUCUUUGUCUUCCUCCUCCACGUGUUUGCGACGGAACCACCACACCCCGCCGCCACCACUCUGCUCCUAUUCGGGCAUAUUCGGAGAAUCCCAAUUCCACGCCUAUUCAACCAUGGACGUUGAUCCUCGCCAAUAUGAUAAUAUUGCAAUAAGUGAAAAGGAUGUCUCCAACAUUGUUCUGUCAUACCUUAUACAUAAUUGCUAUGAAGAAUCAGCAGAGUCAUUCAUGGCCGGCACUGGGGCGAAGCGGCCUACCGAUUAUUUGGAUAACAUGGAGAAAAGAAAAAAAAUCUUCCACUCUGUACUGGAGGGAAAUGCACUUAAGGCUAUUGAGCUCACUGAGCAGCUGACACCAGAAAUUUUAGUGAAGAAUACAGAUUUGUUGUUUGAUCUUCUAAGCCUUCAUUUUGUAGAGCUUGUCCGCUCUAGGAAAUGCACAGAAGCUUUGGACUUUGCUCAGACUAAGUUGAGCCCUUUCGGAAAGGACGGACAAUAUACGGAAAAACUUCAAGAUUUUAUGGCCCUUCUUGCUUAUAAAGAGCCAGAGGAUUCCCCAAUGUUUCAUUUGCUUAGCUUGGAAUAUCGUCAAGAGCUUGCUGAUAGUUUGAAUCGAACUAUCCUUGCAUACUUUAACCUUCCCAACUACACAGCAAUGGAGAAGCUUAUACAGCAAACCACAGUAGUUAGGCAAUGCUUAAAUGAGGAGGCUGGAAAGGACGCGCCUCAAGUAUUUUCUUUGAAAGAAUUUCUUAAAAGGAGAUGAGAAAGCAAUGACAUAUCUUCCAUGAAUUGUGGAUUGAAGCACAAUUGCCUUAUGCACGAUUAUCUUAUUAUACAUUUGUUGCCAAAUGUUGGUUGGUGUGAUCAUUGGUGUAAUGUUGCCUGAAUGCUAUUCUUGUAUAAUUUUUUUCGCAUCAGUCUGGCUAUCUAGAUCUUUCUGGUUCCUACUGCAACAUUGCAAGGUGAUAGUUCCAUGAGAAUGGGGGAAAAUGCAAUUGGUAUCAGGUGGACAAAAUAAUUUAUACACCGGGAAGUUGAUCUAGUGUGUAGUAUUAAGAUGUCACCCUCCCAUGUUUUUCCCACAUUUUAGACAAUGUUCAAUCAAUCAUGGGGUUUAGCAAAGAAACCCAAUAACUUUUUUCAUGGUAUGAAUUGUGAUGUGAAAAGCAUGUGAAUAGAAAACUCAUGAAGUUAAGGAUAUUUUGAUGCAAAAUA